UUUUUGCGAAUACAUAUUGAAAUUGCAACUAACCAAUCAAUAGCCUUCUACACGCAUCUGCUAUGCACUAACAAGACAGGUGCCUUAAUAUGUAUUUGUGCCCUUCAGAAGUUUGGUUACACGCAAUCCUAAAAUAUUUUGACCUCACAACAAUACAAAAAUUCAGAAAAUACGCAAUAAAUAAAUUGGUUUUUUAAUUAAAUACAUAUAAAACUAAUUCAAGAAAAGACGCAGUUAGUAAAUAUGCAAAUGAAUCACGUCACCAGUGCAAGUGCGAUAAAUUACAGUGGCAACUUGUAAUUAAACCAGGUCAUUAAUUUGUGUGCAUAUUCCACUGUUAUAAUUCGACGCCAAAUUACAUAUUAAAAUUUCAUAAGGAGGCGUAAAACUUGUUUUUUUGCAGGUAUAUUUUUGUUUCAUUUCACUGUGAAUAUUUCUAUUCUAUUUAAAAAAAAAAUUUCCAAAUUAUAUUGACACAAAAUUGUCACGUGUUCAUCUUCCUUUCCAACAACUCAAUUUCCUCAAGUCAUAAAUUACGUCUUUGUCAAACUCAGCAAACACAUAUGUACCGUUUACUGAUAAUAUUAAAGUGUCGCUCCAAGUGUGGUCCAAACGAUCUUGGUCUUUUUGCAACCUGAUCACAUCUCAGAUCACAAUUUUCCUCGUUUCUAUCAACAGAUGCAUACAUAACUUUACUCCAUGAAAUAAUAAUAAAAACAAGACGAGCUGCUUACAAAGCUUGACGUCACUUUCAUAUGUCUCAAGUACCAGUAAAGAAAUAUAACGUGUUCAUUUUCUCCUACAGGCGAAAUAUUCGCAAUUAAAUUUGCAUGGAUGAGGCACCCCAUAAAAAUAAAUGGUCACAAUUAUAUCGCAGUUGAUAAAUGCAAUACUGGGCACAGAGCAAACCACAAAUCUUGAGCCUGACAUGGACUCAAUAAAUCAAAGUGUGAAAGAUAAUGUUGUUUAUCUCGUAUUUGCUCCUUCAGUCUCAUUCACUCAAUAAGUCGGCCAAGAAAUUAAAAUCAAGUUUAGUUUAGCUUAAUAAAAACUUAAUCAGUAUGUGCGUUCAGUGGCUGGUGUGAAAUUAAGCUUAAUUUUUGUUUAUUUAACUAAAUACUUAUAAAAUUUAUACAUAAUUUUCGCGACCACAUAUUUCAACUGCAUUUUUUGCAACACUGCAAAAAAUGGGAGACAAACUUGAAGAAGUUUCAAUCCCGGUGGAAGUAAUUGCACGCAACUUAUUCGACCUGGGGUUUAAGUACACCUGGAAAAUUGGGGAUUAUCUGAAAGGCGUUGACAGCCAGACGGUCGUGGACAGUCCAGUUUUCAAUAUAAGCGUCAACGGUCUGAGUACCAAGUGGUCACUUGGGUUGAGAUACUGGUCUGAUGAAAAUGGGAUGCAACUAACAAAUCCGGUCGUGAUAUGUCUCAAUCUCGUCUCCGCCUGUGCCGUUCAUAAUGGGAUUGAUGUGAAGGAGGAGUUGCAAGUCCGUUACCAAUUUGGAAUAUGGAAUAAUGACGCAAAACAAUACGAAGUUUGUCCCAUGGGCUGCAAAAGUGUUGAUGUAACGGAUACUUGUCCGUCUCAGGCAAAUUUGCGCCUACAACAAACGGCGUGCAAACUGCAGAGUGUGGGCACGACAGAAAUCGUCAUUCUAGAUCGACACCUCAUGCACAAAGGGAUUGAGAUUUUCUGCAAAAUUAUGCUUGUGAGAGAACAAGUCGAACAAAACACGCUCGCCCUCGAUCUUUGGACCAAAUUACGGAACGGUGAAGAUUGCGACAUAAAAAUUCGUACGAGUGAUGGCAAUCUGAUUCCAGCCCAUAGAACGAUCCUCCACUGCAGAUCGUCACUCAUCUCGCUGAAUCAGGAGACGAUUGAGACGGACAUCGACGGACAAUCAGUCAUCCGAGUGGACAUGACCACUCCAAUCUUGACCUCAUUCCUCCAAUACGUUUACACCGAUCGUGUCGAUCCACUCGAUAAUCCGCAACAAUUGCUCAAGUCCGCAGUGAAGUUCAAACUCCCAGGAUUAAAGGCGAUUUGCGAAAAGGCGUUGAUCGACCAAAUCUCUCCCUCCACGGUGGCAUCGCUUCUCCUCAUCGCGGACACGUACCAAUGCGACCUCCUCAAAAAAUCGGGUUUGGCAUAUUGCGGGGAAAACUCUCGUUCCAUCGUGAAAACCGUGUCGUGGAAAGUUAUGGAAGAGUUAAAACCCAAGUUAUUUGAGGAAGUCUGUGACCAAAUGUGAAAUUAAGAAAUUCAGGUGACAAUAAUUUAAUUAAAAAUUGCUCAAAACUGUGUAUAAAUUAUUUACUGCAAUUAAAUAUAUAAAAUAUAAACUCUU